AUGCUGUUGCCGGCUAAGCAUCCAAUCACUGAAGCUCUCGUUCGCGAACUACACAUCGACAUCCUACACAUCGGGCAAAGAGGUUUGCUUGCAGUUGUACGUCAACGGUACUGGCCACUGAAUGUGAAGAAUACUAUUCGAAAGGUGAUACGGCAGUGCAUCGUGUGCUUCAAGGCAUACCCGUUGAAGACGACGCAACUGAUGGGUGACCUACCGUCGUAUCGCGUCCAGCCAGCCCCCGUCUUUUCGAAUACCGGUGUAGACUACGCCGGUCCCUUCUGGAUAAAAUUAACGACUUCUCGCAAACCACAAAUCACCAAGGCGUACGUGUACAUGUUUGUGUGUUUGCAGACUCGGGCGGUUCACUUGGAAUUUGUUUCAGACUUGACAACAGACGCCUUUCUUGCGAGUUUGCGACGGUUCAUCAGUCAACGCGGAUGCCCAAAAACGAUACGCUCUGACAACGUGACUAAUUUCGUCGGAGCUAAAACCGAGCUACAUGAGCUUUGGCGUAUGUUCCAGAACGAUUGCGCUACGAAAAAGAUCACCAACUAUUGCGUCGACAAGAGCAUUGAUUGGUCGUUCAUACCACCGCGAAGCCCGCACUUUGGCGGCAUUUGGGAGGCUGGCGUGAAGCAGGUAAUCAAAUACCGCCUAAAACGUAUUGUUGGCGAUAGGAAGCUGUCCUAUGAGGAGCUUUACACGACAUUGACCCAGAUAGAAGCGGUACUAAACUCUCGUCCCUUGGUACGGAGUUCAGAUGACCCAUCCGACUACACUGCGAUCACGCCUGCACAUUUUCUGAUCGGACGUGAUAUGAAGACAGUUUCUGAACCUGACUACUCUGCCUUGAAGGGAAAUCAUCUCUCACGAUGGCAGUUAGUGCAGUCCAUGCUGCAACACUUCUGGAAACGAUGGACCGCCGAGUGUCUGCCGGAGCUGCAGAAUCUACCGAAAUGGCUGAAGUGGAAGGUGAUUAAAGUAGGAUCACUUGUGCUACUAGCUGACCAGAAUGCGCCACUACUGCAGUGGCCACUUGCCAGAAUCAUUGCCGCACACCCUGGAGACGAUGAUACAAUUCGUGUCAUUACCGUUAAGACAGCGUAUGGAGCGGAAUUCAAGCGUGCGGUAACUGAGGUCUGUUUUCUACCGUUAGACGAAGAUGAAGAUUGA